GCGAAGUCAAGUUUUCUCCUCUCAGUGCAAACCUUCUCGGACAUUUACUGCAUAUUGGAAAGCAAGACCUGCAACAGGACAUUUGCAUCACUAUGGUACUGAAUAACGGAUCUGGGAGUAACGGUUUGCAUAGUGUAAUUUACCAUAGAACACUAACUUCUAGUCCACAUUUUCACUUUUCCAAACUUGUUCAUGUUUACCUAUUUCAAACGGGAAAAGCCUGUGCGCAUUUCUCCCUGGCUAAAAUUCAAAGGAAGAUCAGAGGAUGAAAGUACUGAAACGUGUCCCUCUUUUAUUGGGGUGUUGGACUCUCUUAUACCUGGACUUUAUCCCAGCGUCAAUGCGCCAUACCGGGACGGCAGAGUGCGCAGCCGAGAGCGGAGGCAAGGAGCACACAGGCGGAGCAGGUGAAGGAGCCAACCCGGGAAUUGGCUCAGCUGCCAGGUUGACGGUAGGAAAGUACGGAGCAGGGGGAUGGAAGUCUCUAAGUGCUGCGAGGAUCACGCGCAUUAGAACAGGACCCCCGCUGAUAAAGGGCGAGGCAGCCAAAGCGAAAGCUGUGACAUCAGUGUCAUCACCGCACGGCGUAACGGCCAGCCAUGCUCGUGGAGCUGUCAAUUUGGGGCCCAAGGAGGCUGCGCGCUAUUGGGUACCCGGCGGGGAUGCUACUAAAGCAGCAGCUGCGCCUGCUCCCGUGGCAUUGAGCAUGCAAACAGGAAAAAGCUCAGCCAGUCCUGGACAGAGCAAAGAAAACACUGUCCCCAGAGCUGGAACAUCAGCACGAACUGGACAGCAAAAAGUUGUUGAUGUGCAAAAGCACAUUGCUCGGUUGGCCCAAAGGAGUGCCAAAGAAACGGGCAAACUCAGAGGCAGACACUCUCCAAAGCUCCUAUUGGUGACGCCACAUGACUACAUGUUGUCACUGUAUUGGUCACUAUCCACAGGAGAGGUGAACACUAGUGUGCUACACGAGGCUGGCAUGGCCAACACCAUCACCAGCGUUGUGGAUAAAGGACAAGAUGCCCUUCUUCCCCAGCUGAGAAGACAGAAGUAUUACUUCAACAUCAGUUCCCUGGAGAAGGAGGGGUUACUGGGUGCCGAGCUGCGUAUACUCAGGAAAAGACUGGCUGAUCCACACAAAGCACUUUCCACUGGUAGAGUUUUCUGCCUGAAGCUUUUCACCUGUGUAGCAGGUAAGCAGAAAGCUACACUGCUUCAAACUCGAACCAUCGAGGACCACAAUACGCCCAAAUGGGAAGUGUUUGACAUUUGGAAACUAUUUAAGAAUUUCAAGAACACCGUCCAGCUUUGCUUCGAGCUGGAGGGUUUGGAACGGGGCCGCCCCGUGGACCUCAGGGCACUGGGCUUCAGUCGCCUGGGCAGGCAGACCAAAGAGAAGGCCUUUUUCCUCAUGUUCGGGCGCACCACGAAAAACGACUUGUUCUACAAUGAGAUCAAAGCCCGGUCGGGCCACGACAACAAGACUGUGUACGAGUAUCUGUUCACUCAGCGGCGCAUGCGCCGAGCUCCAACCACCCGCAGCAAGAAGCUGGCCAAGAACCCCAAGCCUCGUUGCCACAGGAAGCAGCUGCACGUCAACUUCAAGGAGAUGGGCUGGGACGAUUGGAUCAUCGCCCCAUUAGAGUAUGAGGCCUACCACUGCGACGGGGUGUGCGACUUCCCUAUUCGCUCGCACCUCGAGCCCACCAACCACGCCAUCAUCCAGACGCUCAUGAACUCCAUGGACCCCGACUCGACUCCGCCCACCUGCUGCGUGCCCACUCGCCUCAGCCCAAUCAGCAUCCUCUACAUUGACUCAGCCAAUAAUGUGGUCUACAAACAAUACGAGGACAUGGUGGUGGAGUCCUGUGGCUGCAGGUAGCAAUGGACAAAAUACUCAUCUGAGACCUUUGUUUUGUAGUUCAGCCUGAACUACAGAAUUUGAGUUUGAUUUUUUGAGUAAACAGAUUGGUUAAUAGUUGUUAUGGCAAUACACUUUGAUAGCAAAUGACAGGAAGCUAAUAACACAAAUCACUUCCUGAGAUCUAACUUUAUGAGGUUAAAGGGGAACUGCACCCGCUGAUUUGGCCUAGUUUUUUGACUUGCUCUUCAAGAAAUGCUGGCAGCCAUGACAGAAGCCAAAUGUGAGUUGGCUUGGGGGUAUGGUUUGAUGUGGG